GGCGGGCGCCGGAAGCGGCCCAGCGCCGAGGGGACGUCGCGUCGCCGGGCCUCGAGCCGCUGCCGCGGAGCCGCCGGACGGACGGCCUUCCCUGCCCGCCCCGCCAUGGCUGAGAGCGACUGGGACACGGUGACGGUGCUGCGCAAAAAGGGCCCCACGGCCGCCCAGGCCAAGUCCAAGCAGGCCAUCUUAGCAGCUCAGAGACGAGGAGAAGAUGUGGAGACUUCUAAGAAAUGGGCCGCUGGCCAGAACAAGCAGCACUCGGUCACCAAGAACACGGCGAAGCUGGACCGGGAGACCGAGGAGCUGCACCACGACCGGGUGCCCCUGGAGGUCGGCAAGGCGAUCCAGCAGGGCCGGCAGGGCCAGGGGCUGACGCAGAGGGACCUGGCCACGAAAAUCAACGAGAAGCCGCAAGUCAUUGCGGACUACGAGAGUGGCCGGGCCAUUCCCAACAACCAGGUUCUGGGCAAGAUCGAGAGAGCUAUUGGCCUGAAGCUCCGGGGGAAGGACAUUGGGAAGCCGAUCGAGAAGGGGCCAAGGGCGAAAUGAACAUAAAGCCUCGAAAUCAGUGCGUUCCGGCUGAUCUCGUCCGGCUGGUCCCCUUGACCACCGGCGCCAGCACGGCUCUCUCCAUGCGGCUGAGCGGAACACGGGCGGGAUCCCCACCCGGGAACCCCUCUCCUCGUACCUGCUGUCUAACUAACAAACAAAACCUUGCAAAGUG